CAACUCCUCAGCAUCCUGCCUUUGCCAAAGAUGGAAGCCAAGGAAACCUGCCGGAAGCAGAUAUCACACUGAUGACCCAGGCCCAAAGAACUCAGGGGUUUUUUUUCCAGGACCACAGGAGCAUAUUGAUUCAUGAGUCUGUGACAUUUGAGGAUGUAGCGGUGAACUUCACUGACAGGGAGUGGCAGUGUCUGACCCAUGCUCAAAGACAUCUCUAUAAAGAUGUGAUGUUGGAAAAUUAUGGGAAUAUGGUAUCACUUGGAUUUCCAUUUCCUAAACCUCCUUUGAUCUCCCAUCUGGAGCGAGAGACAGAACCCUGGGUUCAGGAUCUACAGGACAGGGAGUCCCUGAGCUCCUUCUACCCAGUGUCAACUGACAAGACAUGGCCUGAGAAUGAGAAGGCUCAUUCAAAACAAGAGGUUUUUGAAAAUGGAGAAGUUUGCUGGAUGAAAUUUAAAAGUCACCUGAAAGUUGUUUCCCAGGGUCUUGAGGUUGGAGAAGUUAGUGUACAGGAUGUCAAAUUAGAGAAUCAUUGGGAAAUGUCCAUGAGGAAGAAACUGAGAGAAGAGAAAGAAGGCUCUGAGGAAGUGACUGUCAAGAAAGGAAAGAACCAGAAGGUACUUAGAAAGCACGUCAAUCCAAGCUCAAAGCGUAUCCUAUAUAAUAGAGUUCCUACAGAACAGAAACUCCAUGGCUGUGCCAAAUGUGGCAGAAACUUCAGUUGGCAUUCAGACCUAAUUCUCCAUGAGCAAAUUCAUUCUGGUGAAAAACCCUAUGUGUGUAAUGAGUGUCAGAAAGCAUUCAAGACCAGAAAUCAGCUUUCUAUGCACCAGAUAAUCCAUACAGGGGAGAAACCCUUUGACUGUACCCAGUGUGGAAAGGCUUUCAAUAGUAGGUCAGCUCUUUGCCGACAUAAAAAAAUCCAUAGUGGGGAGAAGCCUCAUGAGUGCAGUGACUGUGGGAAGGCCUUCAAGACCAAGAACCGUCUCAGUAUGCAUCAAAUUAUCCACACUGGGGAGAAGCCUUAUGAAUGUAAUGACUGUGGUAAGGCCUUCCAGUUUAGGCAUUCCCUUACCAUCCAUGGCAGAAUCCACACUGGGGAGAAACCAUAUGAAUGUGAGGAGUGCGGGAAGGCCUUCUGCGGGAGCUCAGACCUCACCAAACACACAAGAAUCCAUACUGGUGAGCGACCUUAUGAAUGCAACGAGUGCAGGAGGGCCUUCAUUCGGAGCUCAGACCUAAGCAAACACAAAAGAAUCCAUACUCGGGAGAAAAACUAUGGGUGCCCUCAGUGUGAGAAAGCCUUCAGUAUCAAGGCAGAGCUCGGCAAACAUAGAAGAAUCCACCCUGAAGAGAAACCUUACAAAUGUGAGGAGUGUGGGAAAGCCUUUCGUCAUAACUGUAAACGCAGGGCUCAUGAACGAGAACACACUGGCAAGAAGCCCUAUCAAUGUGGGGAGUGUGGGAAAACGUUCCAGGAUCAGCACUGCCUUGCCACCCAUCAAAGAAUCCACACUGGAGAGAAACCUUAUAAAUGUUCAAAGUGUGGUAAGGCUUUCAAUGGGAAGUCAAAUUUGACCAAUCAUCAAAGAAUUCAUACUGGAGAGAAACCUUACAGAUGUGAAGAGUGUGGAAAGGCCUUUCAUCAUAGUUCAGUCUUGAGGCAGCACAAAAGAAUCCACACUGGUGAGAAGCCAUAUACCUGCAAUGAGUGUGGCACAUCUUUCCGUCAGUGCUCAGCUCUAAUUGGACAUAAGAGAGUUCAUACUGGGGAGAAACCUUAUGAAUGUGAGGAAUGUGGAAAAGCUUUCAGAGUGAGCUCAAAUCUUACUGGACAUAAAAAAAGAAAACAUAGAAUGUGGAGAACCCAUGAACUUGAUGAGAGUGGGAAAUCUGUUUCCCAGACCUUCUCAGUAGUCAGUAUUUUGACCACCAACACCUAAGAGUAAUGAUUCUGGUGUUUACACUUCCCAUUUCUCCUUCCACCUCUUGGAGUAGUCCUUCUCAGUCCCCUGUAUUGGUUCUCCUUGAUUCCCUGACCCCUAAUUGUGAGAUCCCAAGGUUAUCCUUGACCUUCCUAUUUAGUAUUUAUUUCUUCAGUGAGCAUUUUACUUGCAAGGCUUUGUCUAUCACUACCGAACAGUACUUUCGAAUAGUUACUAGUGCUUGCUAUGUGCCAGGCACUGUUACAAGGACUUUACCCAGUUUAACUGGUUUUAUCCAUACAACAUCCCUGUGAGAUGUGGAAAUUGAGGCAUAGAAAGGUUAAGAAGUUUUCCCAGGAUCACAUGACUAGUUAAUCCUGCUCAAAUGAUCCUCAGAAUGCUCAGACUUAUUUAGGCAGUUUCCAUAUGCUUACAUGACAUCUUGAAUAUGAAGCUAUAUCUCAGUUCAAGGGGAAAAAAAACUUUUUUUGUUUUUAAUUGAUAUGCUUUUUUUUUUUCAAGCAAGUUGUGUUUUUUGGGCUUUUUUUUUUAAACCCUGACUGGUACUUCUCUAAAUGGGAUUAAUAUUGUUGAGAUUCAAGGGAGAAAAGGAGCGGGAGAGGGGCAGAUUUAAAAAUUACAGUUAAGGGUCUUCCAGGCAACA